CAAAGAUGUUUCUUAAAAUCCAGCUCCUCUUUUUGCUGAUUGGGAGUUUGUCUUUUCAGGGGAUCGCUGAGGAAGCAAGUACAGUUUUACUGGAAGAUGAAACGGCGACAGGAGACGGUGAUGGCUCAGGACCACCAACUCUGUUGCCUACAAAACAACAGAACAUAACAGAAGAAUUAAUGACCACAGAAAGGGCCAUGUCAGCUAGUGAAGAUAGCGAAAACUCGACAGAUCCAGAAGUCCCUGGAAAUUCUGAAGAUAGUCUGGAAACAGCUGCACUGGUUGGGAUCAUCAUUGGGAUCAUUGUCGCAAUCGGCGUGGUCACCGGAAUCAUCAUCACCGUCGCGAAGAGAAUGUCGGGCAGGUACUCGUAAGUACGAU